UUUCGCACCAUUUAUGCGCCAUCCAUUUCAUCCACCCGGAGUAAACAACUUCUAAAGUUAAUUGUUAUGUGUACGUGUUUCUAGCUUGAAGUUAUUGUUCACUUUCACGCAAGAAAUGUGUCAAGUGCACGGUCGAAGACAAAUCGCAACUAUUUUGUGGAACCACUUACGCAGUUAUGGACAUCUCGCAAAUUGAUGAUUUCUGGAGUGCUUUCAGGCCUAUUAUUUUUGUGGCUCAGCUUUUCACGCUUUUCCCCGUGGAAGGAGUAUUUGCGAGGGAGGCGGAACGCAUCAAUUUUCACUGGGUGAGCUGGAGAACACUCGUGUCGCUGCUGUUUCUCGUAUUAGGUGCUCUAGUCAUCAUCGCACAGUUGAACCAUGUCGUCUGCAGUCACGCAACGCCUUCGAGAAUCACGGAGGCUCUGUACUACAUUCUUAACUUCAGCGGGGCUGUAUGCUUCUUUGUGAUCGCCAUGCGGUGGCAAACUGUCAUAUUGAACUGGAGAAUGUACGAAGAAGUGUUUCUUUAUGUUCCCUACAAGCAACUAGGUCGAAGUUUGAAAUUCAAAGUCAGAUUUGUGGGUUUCAUCGUGUUGUUACUUGCUUUGCUCGAAGAUCUACUACACAUUUCAUCCUGUUUUGAAUCAAACUAUGAAUAUCUUUCGCGUUGUGAUAACGGCUCAGCGUUUUGGCAAACUUUUUACGAGAGAGAGCAUCCGCAAAUUUUUCAGUAUAUUGAAUACAGUUUGCCGAUGGCGAUACUAGUGGAAUACACCCACAAAGUCUAUCUUUUCCUGUGGACAUUCAUGGAUCUGUUCAUCACAUUGGUCAGCCUUGGCCUUUCGACUCGUUUCGAACAAUUAUACAGUAGAAUAGAACAUUUGAAGGGGAAAUCCAUGCCGGAUUCAUUUUGGGUGGAAAUUCGACUAGACUAUUCUAGAAUAUCAAACUUAGUGGCUUUCAUAGACAAAGUUCUUUCCCCAAUAAUUUUGAUCACCUGCGCGAGCGAUAUUUAUUUCAUCACGUAUCAAUUGUAUAUGUCCGUGAAACUCAAUGCGUCAAUGCCCUUGUCAACGUUGUAUUACCGGCUUUCCUUGGUGUUCCUAAUAUUUAGGGCCCUAUUGAUGCUGCUUACAUCGUCUCAUAUUUUCGUUGCAUCUCAAAAACCGUUGGGAAUUCUGCGGGCAGUACCGAUGAGCUCUUGGACCACCAACGUGCAACGAUUCACUCAUGAAAUUUUGAACAUCCAGAAUGCGCUCUCGGGCCAUAAGUUCUUCUUUCUUAAGCGACAGAUAAUUCUAGCGAUGGCGGGAACCUUACUCACGUACGAGCUGGUGAUGCUCAGUGAAGUGAAGUCAACUGACGAUGCGGAGUUCUGCGAUAGGCCCACGCGUUUAUAUUGAGGAAUGAUCAUGAUCACAUAAUACCAUGCACAGUAAAUUUUACGAUUUGUUGACAUUUUUAAACAUGAGUUUUUGGGAUGUCAG